GGAUUAUGUUGAUGAAAAAGAAGACCUCAUUUUGGGGAUGGGGAAGAGAGAUCGAGUGUAUUCAGUGGAUUUUGAGGGCAAUGGCACAAGUAAUGGAGACCAGAUGUUAUCUGUGAAUUGUGAGAAUAAUGAAAAUACUAGUAAUGGAGACCAGGAGGAGAUAACUCUGAUAAAAAAAGUCCCAUGUGACAAAGAUGUAUCACAGACCAUGAAAACAAGAAAUGAACAACGCAAACAGCGGUGUGAAAUAUUGGUAGACUUUAUUAAGUCGGAGAAAAUGAAGAAGUACCUGACUGAAAUAUUCCAUGGUAAAAGAGCAAGUGCUCUCCAUUCCAGUUACCACGGUAGUGUGCGAGACAAGAAUAAAAUCAAGAAUCCAGGGUUCGGACCAAUCAGCGACGAGGAACAACGAAGUGAAGUUCUCGACACACUGCUGUCCUGGCUAGGUGAGCUGAGAGAGUCAGUUGCUGAAAAUGUGGACUACACAAUGGAUGUUUGGGUGCCAGAGGCGAUCGUGUAUGCCUUGAUAUCCGUGAAGAAGUACUCCAGGGGUCGGGCAUGGGACAUGUUUCACAAGGGCAUACGGUUUACAAAAGAAGAAUAUGGUAAAGCUCAUCAGGCCAUUUUGGAAGCUGCCAAUAGGAUUUCUCCCGAAGACAAAGAGAUGUACGAGAGCAAACUACAGGAAAAGAUCGCUAUGUGGACCCCAUAGCCCGAGUGUUCUGUGUUCUGUGUAUCAUGUACCUUGUCAGCAGAGUGUUAUUUUUGGUGCCAUUUUAUAAUACAUUUCCUGGUCUUUCCUUGGAGAUGUAAAGUUAUUUUCUUCCACCAUUGCUUGUCAUGCCAAUCUAUGUUUGUUGGUUUCUUCUGUGAAGAAAUCAACAAACCAUUAAACAAAAUGCCCACAGAUUUACGUAUAUAUAUGCCUUAUAUUCUUAUGUAAACAGUUUGCCCAUAUAGAAAAUCAGGCCCAUCAUGAGUGAAACCAUUGCUUGGGCAGAAUAAUUUUACCUCAAUUAAAAUAAUCUAUCCUUGAGCAUACAUGUACAUGUAAAAAACAUUCAUACAUUGUAUUCUUUGAAAUACCAAUGAUAUUUAUUGUUUGCUAAAUGGAAAACUUGAAAGAUAUCAGAGUAAGUCUUGGCAUUUGUGUCUGUCAAAGCUUUAAAGAUGUUCCUCGGCUAUUAAUGCACAUACAUGUACUUAGCAGUUGCAUAGUUGUAGAACUGAUUCACUGGGCUGUAUGCUGUAUGUAAGUGUUCUAGAGUCGCCGGCGUUCCUAAUUAUUCGUGGUGAAUCCGUUUCAUAACCAAUAGACUUACAUAUCCCUGAUGUCCAAGUUCCUAAAUCAUUUCAGAUGCAGAAACUCGUUUUCUGAUUAAAGCGGCAUGUGUUUUAUCAAACUUUUAUCGUGAUUGACUGGUUUUUAUCAUUAUUUUACAUUGUCUCAGCUACAGGGUUGCAUUUAUCAAAGAUGGUGCAGCUUACGUCCAAAUGACUGCCGCAACAAAACACCUUCAUAAUUUUACAGGCUUUUUCGUAAAAUAGCCACAGGUAGUAUGUUUGAAUGCGGCUUUAAUACAUUGUUUUGGUUCUUGCUAGAUGAUGCGUUCGCAUCCAGCUAUCAUUGCUUUGGCUGCAGAAAGUUUGUGUGUUCAAGUCCAGCUCUGAUUGUUUUGGCUGCAGAAAGUUUGUGUGUUCAAGUCCAGCUCUGAUUGUUUUGAAUACAGAAAGUUUGUGUGUUCAAGUCCAGCUCUGAUUGUUUUGAAUGCAGAAAGUUUGUGUGUUCAAGUCCAGCUCUGAUUGUUUUGGCUGCAGAAAGUUUGUGUGUUCAAGUCCAGCUCUGAUUGUUUUGAAUGCAGGUGCAGCCAAGAAUACAGUUUAUGUAGUUUUGACUGCAGUCUCAUGUGUCAGGUAUUUGGGCAAGGUGUAAUGAUAUUUCCUGAGCUUAUUUUUGUCCUGUGAGAAUGGUAUACCCUAAAAUUUCAAUUGGAUUGAGAUAGUUGUACAUUUAUGUAGAAAUAUUUUCAAAUGAAGUUAAUAAAGAAUCUAAGAGCGACUGUGAAUUUUGUUGUUGCCAUCCACUUUGAAUACUAAUUUCAUUUAUCUUGUUGUAAUUUUGCAAUGUUUACUAUUAAUUUUGACAUCGAUUUGUAAUUUAAGCAAAAUAUUCUACCAUGAAUGUGUAACAUGUGAACAUCAGACCACCAAAGAUGUCAUAAAUUAUGGAGUAUGAAGUAGAAUACAAUGUACCAACUCCAACAAAAUGCAUGUUAACAAAUGAAGAGAACCACCUGUAAACAGGACAUUUUGAAGCAAUGCUAUAUGGCUUUACAUAAGAUGGACAUUAUCACACGUACAUUAUGUGUCAGAAGUGGGCAUGUUACUUAACGUGAGCUUGAAAUAUUGAAAUGUGUCAUUUUUAGUUGUUAGUUUUUUUUUGGAGCAAAGAAUGUGAUUACUCUAAAUGAGUUAUUUUCCUUCGGUGGGAGAUUCUAAUGAAACCAGGAAAGAAACUUUAAUUGCAAAUAAAUAAUUCAAAUGCUUUCAUGGAUGUAAGAAUUCACCGUGGCACAUUAAUUUGUCUUGUCAGUGUUGUUUUACUAAAUUCAGGCCUUCUUGUUUUAAGCAGAUUUCUGUGUCCAAACUCAGCAGCUGUGUUGCUAAUGCCUAUGAAAUGUUUGUAUACCUCAGCCUUCCUCUCAAAGUGUCAGCCUUCGAUAAGAUUAAAUAACAUUUUUCAGCUUUCAAUAAGACCACGACCAAUUUUUUCAUUUUCCCACCAAUUAUUCUUAUCUUGCAAAAUUUGUAAAUUAUGUAAUUGUACCAGUUAUCAUAAUUGCAACUCUAUUUAUAGCUCAUCUGUUGCACACCGACUGUUUCCUGUGUGCAAAUAUUUUAUUUUUUUAUGCAGAUGUCUCUGUAUAAAUGAGACAAUCUUUGAUGGGUGUUUGCUUUUAUCUCUGCUAUAAAUUCAAAAAAAUCUGAAGUUGGGAGGUGAUUGUUGAUUCAUCAAGUUUAAUACUAAAACUGAAUGUCUUUCAUUCAGCUCAUAAUGUGCACAUUUUUUGGGGUGUUUGGACCCAUAUACUGCCAUACUCAUGUUAAUGUGUUACAAAUUUGUUUCCCUAAUUUCCAUGAUUAAAACAUUGUUUUUUUGUGUGUUAAAAUUCUCAUUUAAGUGUCAUUUUCUCUAAUUUUCAUUUCACUGUUGUCAUUUUCUUUAUCAUUUCACUGUUAAUUAAGGAUGUGCAAAACAAGAUUUUCCAAAGCCCAAGGAAUACAAUGUUGUGAAUGUUUUCAUGCUUGUGUAACUAACUAUUGUACAAUGACAAUCUC